AUGAUCUUCUUGAAAUAUUCACACAUCCUAUCGAACAUUUGCUGGGCCACGAUCGGAGAGAUGCCAGUGAGCUUCCUUAGUCUUCCUGCUGAACUCCGCGACGAGAUAUACGUAUAUCUCCUAGUGCGCGUAGAGCCUAUUGAUCCUUGGAAUGGAGAUCAUGAGCUGGUACCCAAUCUUCUCUCCACCAACUCGACAAUCUUACAUGGGGCCAGGUCGCUACUCUAUGGCCACAACCGCUUUGAUCUUACCCUCUCGACUUGGAAAUCCGAACUUAUAUCCCAAUUUGUUGAUACUAUUGGCUUUGUCAACGCAUCUCACUUUCAGUGUAUCCGUAUCAACUUUCCUGGACUCCGUGAUCAUGCAGACGACAUCAGCCUGGAUAGCCUCAGAAAGCACCAGUACAAUGGAAAACUCCCUAGAUUCUUUGGACAGCCCUACGAUUUGCGCCAAGGCAUUAGCGCUGGUUGCUGCGCGCUCCAAAACAAUCUCAUCUCUCCAGUUGUCGAGGUUUAUGAGGAAGGUCCAAGCUCUGAUAUCAGAAGGAAAAUGGAGAGUCAUGGAUGGAUACUAAAUGUGGUGGAGCCGGUUGAAGAAGAGGAGUGGAACGACGACAGAUCUUGGGAUGAUGUUGAAGAUGAUGAGUUUCUUUAUGAUUACGAUGAUGAUGACUACGAUAUUGAAAAUGAUAGUGACUUUUGGAGAAGGGCGGCGGAUUAA